GCGCAAAGUUAAACGCAACACUUAAAGGAAUGAGGGUGAAACAUGAGCAGCUGACUUGGCUGUUGACUUCGUCUAUAUUUGUCACAAAGUUGCAUGUCGUUUAGCCAGGUUGCUGUGGUUAAGUCAAGCCCAUCCUAGGCUAGCAUACACAGGACACUGACAUGAACAUUUUCGCGGAUUGAAAUCCUUCGAAAAUCUCCAGUGCUACUCGAUAUGGAUCUGUUUGGAGGGAUACUGGAUGUCAUUGACGAAGAAAUGACAGUUAGUGAUGAUGAAGACAAAGUUGAAGAUCGCACCAGAGCAUUAAUGGACAUGUACAGUCUAGAAAAUACAGAAGCACAAGCCAAACCGCAGGUUUCCACUUUCCAACGGUUUUCUGUGGACACAAAUGAGUCACUUCACUUUGAACCCUACAUACCUGAGGGAGACGAGAGUGAGCAUGCACUGGGCAAUGAUGACGUGUUUCUGACGGGAAAUCAAAGUGUAUUUGAUGAAUCAAAGGAAUUAAUGGAGGGACGCACCGCUCAGAGUGAGAGCGACCCUCCUGAUGCUUACUGCACCGACUGCCAGACAUCGACUUACGUAUUCCAAAAUAUUACUGGGCCUCACAAGAACCACAGGGUCAUCCUAAUGAAGAAAGCAGCCCAAGAAAUUAAGAGUAGCAUCAAUAAAACAAGGAGCAAGUUGGAAGAAAAGAUUACACAAAUGGAAAAUUUUGCUGGCAACCUUGAGGAGAUAUUUAUAACAGUAGAGGAAAACUUUGGCAGGCAAGAACAGAACCUGGAGCAUCACUAUAAUGAUGUCCUUCAGACGCUGGCCCAUCGCUAUGAUGAGAGGGCAUCAGCUCUGGAGGAUGAGAAGAAAAUGAAGCUUGAGUCUCUUUAUAGUCAGCUGAUUGACUGUGGGAAAAUGCUGGAUAAUUCCAAAGAGCUGAUUGAGCAAGCCCAAAUGGUCUACAGAAAUGAAAACAAGUAUUCUUUCCUUCAAAGGGUAAUGCCCGUCAUGAAGAGAAUUGAGGAACAUGCUAAAAAGGAACCAGACCUCAAGAUCUCUACAUCCUUGGAGUUUGACACCCAAACAGCUAAUUUGUCUGAUGUCAAACAAAUGAUGGACUCAAUCAAUGCUGUCCCAGCUCCCUCGGCUCCAGUCAUGAACCCACAGGUUCCCAACUCUGCCACCUGCACGUCUGUGCGCGUGUGCUGGAGCCUGUUCUCUGAUGACACGGUGGAGUACUAUGAGCUCUACAGCAGACCCAUCUUUGAGGACAUCACGGUGGAGUCUGAUCUGGAAGCAUCAAAGUUGAAGGUGAAGGAGACUCACUACACUGUUACUGAUUUACUGCCCAAUGCACAGUACGAGUUCUGGGUCACUGCAACCAAUACCACAGGCAUCAGCCCAGCCAGUGAGAAAGCUGUGUACAUGACAGUGCCUUCUCCUCCCGUCAUCAAGCCACGAGAGUGCACAAGUUGUCCGGAUGCUGCCCUCAUUCGCUGGGACUCAGGGAACUCCAACCCUGUGGAUUCCUACACACUGGAGCUGAUUGAGAUGGGCGCAGAAUCAGGCAGAGCUGGUGUGACAGAGUCCAUUGUGGCCAUUCCUACUUGUGAGUGCUUAAUUCAGCUGCAGCCAGGAAAGUGCUACCUGAUUUAUGUCAGGGCUGUGAAUAUUGGCGGCCCAAGUGAGAGAAGUGAGUCGUUUACUGUGUCAACAACAGGAACAUUCUUUCACCUUCUGGAGGACACAGCCCAUCCAUGUCUGAGUGUGUCAGAGGAUGGCUUCACCAUGUUCUACACAGAUGAGGAACUGCCUUUGAGUGAAAUGGCCUUCAGUGACAACACCUUUGCAAGAUGUGUGGCAGUGCUUGGUGAUUUGAUCCCAGUGCGAACCAAGCAUUACUGGGAAGUGGAGGUGGACCCCCACACUGAAUACAGGAUUGGAGUGGCAUAUGAAGACACCCAGAGAAAUGCCUACUUUGGAGGGAACAACACUUCGUGGUGCAUGAGGCAUGUCCUCACCCCGUCCCGGCACAAGUACGAGUUCCUGCACAGUGGCUGGACACCAGACAUCAGAAUCACCAGCCAUCCCCUGAGAAUCGGUGUGGCGCUAGACUACGACCAGGGGAAGCUGUCCUUCUUCAAUGCAGAUUUGGGCCAGCAUCUCUACACCUUUGACUGUCAGUUCCUGCAUUACGUUCAUCCCUGCUUUGCCCUAGACAACCCAGGAGGACUUUCGCUCAGAAAUGGCGUUACACCACCCCACUACAUUAGUCUGAUUUAAGUCUUUAAAGAUAAGUGUUCAAACAGUCCCACUUUUCCAUAACAGCUGCACUAGGUGUAGCACAACAGGGGAGGGGGAUGGGACAUCAUAGCUUAAGAGGGUAUUAGAGUUUGGACAUAUGGCCAUUUUUAAUUAGCUACAGUACACUGUUCUAGUCACUUAGUGAAAUCAAAGUGAUUAUAACCAGUCAAACCCCCCCAAAUGUGUCAAGACAAGGAAAAAAAUAAAUGAAAAAUAUGUACAGUAAA